AUGCACAUGUUUGAGGUUCCAUCAUCACCUCUCCCUCCAUGCACACUUGCCAGCCACAAUCAACCCUCGCCAUCCAUCUCCUGCUCUAAGGCCCCUCACCAUCCCACCCAGCCCUCACCAUCCUUCUCCAGCUCACGGGUCCCUCACCACCCUACCCAGCCCUCGCCAUCCUUCUCCAGCUCUCAGGUCCCUCGCCACACUACCCAGCCCUCGCCAUCCUUCUCCAGCUCUCGGGUCCCUCACCACCCUACCCAGCCCUUGCCAUCCUUCUCCAGCUCUCGGGUCCCUCACCACCCUACCCAGCCCUCGCCAUCCUUCUCCAGCUCUCGGGUCCCUCGCCACACUACCCAGCGCUCGGCAUCUUGCUCCAGCUCUCAGAUCCCUCGCCACCCUACCCCAGCCUUGUGCCCUUGCUUAGCUUCUUGGCAUUCACCUCCCCACACCUCCGUCCAUAUUAUCCUGUAA